GAGGACACCAGGCUCGGGAGUAGGGGUGAGGGUGCUCCAGGAGCUCCCUUAAAGCUCCCUUUCUCUCUCCCUUCCCCGAUGGCCUUCUUUUUACCCGCGCUUAUUUCUUCCUUUCUACCUCAUGCCCUGUCCGUCCCGGCCUCUCACCUGUGAGCUUGCGGCCUGCACCCCUCGUCCCAGGAGGAGUCCCGUACUCCGAGAUGAUGCCACAGCCCAGGUCCAGGGGGCUCAGAGCCCCGCAGCUGGGCACUGGGUGCCGAGCCGAGUGCAGCCGGUGGGCGGUGCGCGGGGUGGAGUCAGGGCUGCGGCCGGAGGGCGGGGCGCGCGCUUCCAGCCCCUGCGGACUUACAGCCCCAGCCCGGAAACUGCGGCGUACCCAGCUUGCGCGCGGCUAGGGGCCCGGAGCCGAAUCCUUGGUUUCUGGACGGAGGUGUUUCUGGGACCUCAGCGUCUGACAGCCCUGGAAGGAAAGGGCCUGUUUGGUCAAGGAGCCAAGGGUCUCUGCAGGCGCCCAGGCUCAGGUGCAGCAGCCCGUCAUGCCCCGCCAGAGACUGGCCCUGGCCCUGGGGCUCUGCCUGCUGACCGGCUCAAGCCUCUGGGCCCUGUGGGUGUAUGUCAAGACCUGGCUGCCAGUCUCCUAUGUCCCCUAUUAUCUUCCCUGCCCAGAGAUCUUCAACCUGAAGCUGCCGUACAAGGGGGAGGAGCCACGCCAGCCUGCUGCACAACCCCUGUACCCUCAGCCCAAGCUGCUGGAGCAGAGGGAGGUCAGCACUGGCCUUCCCACUGCCAGGCCCACGGGGCUGCUGACACUCACACCCUGGCUGGCGCCCGUCGUCUCCGAGGGGACCUUCGACCCGGAGCUGCUGCAGCACAUCUACCAGCCGCUGAACCUGACCAUCGGAGUCACAGUAUUUGCCGUGGGGAAGUACACGCGCUUUGUCCAGCACUUCCUGCGCUCGGCUGAGGAGUUCUUCAUGCGUGGCCUCCGCGUGCACUACUACAUCUUCACCCACGACCCUGCGGCCAUUCCCAGGGUCCCACUGGGCCACGGCCGGCUCCUCAGCAUCAUCCCCAUCCAAGCUCACUCGCACUGGGAGGAGAUUUCCAUGCGCCGGAUGGAGACCAUCAGCCGGCACAUAGCCAAGAGGGCGCACCAGGAGGUGGACUACCUCUUCUGCCUCGAUGUGGACAUGGUGUUCCGGAACCCGUGGGGCCCCGAAACCCUGGGGGACCUCGUGGCUGCCAUUCACCCAGGCUACUUCACUGCAUCCCGCCAGCAGUUCCCCUAUGAGCGUAGGAGAGUUUCCACUGCCUUUGUAGCCGAUAGCGAGGGGGACUUCUAUUAUGGUGGGGCAGUCUUUGGGGGGCGAGUGGCCAGUGUAUAUGAGUUUACCAGGGGCUGCCACAUGGCCAUCCUGGCAGACAAAGCCAAUGGCAUCAUGGCAACCUGGCAAGAGGAGAGCCACCUGAACCGCCGCUUUAUCUCACACAAGCCGUCUAAGGUGCUGUCUCCAGAGUACAUCUGGGAUGACAGGAAGCCCCAGCCUCCCAGCCUGAAGCUGAUUCGAUUUUCUACAGUGAACAAGGACACCAGCUGGUUGAGGAGCUAAAGGCAGAGCUGGGGCUACCAUGAAUGGGAACCGAAAGCCCUGCAGCCACCUGACCCCACCCACGCCUUAGGUGGGAAGCAGGCCUGUCCGGCCUACCUCCCAGGCUACCAGGAGAAUCCAGGGGGGAAGUGGGUGAGGAGAAGUGCUAUCCACAUCCCAGGGCAGUGCACCCAUGGUCUUGCGAUGAUCUGGCACAGAACUUUUUGGACAGAAAGACAAGAGGUUAGAAAGGUGGGGCCUGGCAGGCCUUGCCUCACCCAAGGGAUGCGCCUCAGGCAGGCAGGCCCUGGGGUCUCUGCUCCCUCAAGGUGCCUGAAGUCCUGCCAUGUCCCCUGUGUUGCAUACUGCCUUCGAAGUUGUAUUUAACACCUUUGUGUGAAAAGCACCCUGGACCCAUUUCUCUGGCUGCCUGGGUCCUGGGUACUCUGAUGUCCCCUCAGCCAUAUGCAGCCAGCUCCUCAUUCUGGACCCAAAGUCAGCCUCAGAAAUGGACCUGGUCUGGGUUCCCGCAGACAUUGGUGAGCCACACUCUCCUGGACUAGCCGCCUCCUUUGUAAUAGUUUUCAAUAAAGGUGGCAUAUUGCUAGA